CCCGGCGCGUGGCUGCUGCUCUCACCUGGAGGGUAGCGGACGCCUGAGGCUGUAUGUAUUGUCACCUGCGCACUAAGGGACGAGCAGGUCAGCCCUUCUCUGUGCUGGCUGGAUUUGCUUGUAUUUGUUCCUAGCCACCGCUCAUGUAAUGCACUCCCUUAACCAGGAAAUUAAAGCAUUCUCCCGGAAUAAUCUCAGGAAGCAAUGCACCAGGGUGACAACGCUAUCUGGAAAGAAAAUUAUAGAAACGUGGAAAGACGCCAGAAUUUAUGUUGUGGAAGAAGUAGAGCCGAGCAGUGGGGGUGGUUGUGGUUACGUGCAGGACCUUAGCUUGGACCUGCAAGUUGGCGUUAUUAAGCCAUGGUUGCUCCUGGGAUCACAAGAUGCUGCUCAUGAUCUGGAUACACUGAAAAAGCACAAGGUGACUCAUAUUCUCAAUGUUGCAUGUGGAGUUGAAAAUGCUUUCCUCAGUGACUUUAUAUAUAAGAGCAUUUCUGUAUUGGAUCUGCCUGAAACCAAUAUCCUGUCUUAUUUUCCAGAAUGUUUUGAAUUUAUUGAACAAGCAAAAAUGAAGGAUGGAGUGGUUCUUGUUCAUUGUAAUGCAGGAGUUUCCAGGGCUGCUGCAGUUGUAAUAGGCUUCCUGAUGAAUUCUGAAGAAAUCUCAUUUACCAGUGCUUUUUCUUUGGUGAAAAAUGCAAGGCCUUCCAUAUGUCCAAAUGCUGGCUUCAUGGAGCAGCUUCGUACAUAUCAAGUGGGCAAAGAAAGCAAUAAGUGUGACAAAAUACAGAAAUUAGGAGGGGACAACAGUUCAUAAGUUACAUUCUAGCAGAAGAUGGACAACUGUAAUUUCUGAAUUGGCCUCUACAGCCACCUGUCCAAUUUUUUGGAGUAGACUAGUAAAAACUUCCUUUUCUCUUGCUUUUUUCAAGUGGAACUAGAGUCAAUGGAUUGUCCUAAGCUAGUGUAUAAAUAAACUUUUAAAUUAUAUUAUAUUUUCUUUGGUAUUAUAAUGUGUGAUUAAAUGCUCCUGUGAUUUGUGAAGGGAAAAUAACAAUGUAUUACCAAUAAUUGAUUUCUGUAGAAGGAAUAGGUUUCAAUUUAAAAUCCAUAUUAGAGCAUGGAAAGAUUAAAUCAGUUGAUUAAAACUUUUGGUAUUUUCCUCUUCCAGCAACUGCUUCCAUGAAGGAAAAAACAAAGUGCUAUUUGACUUAUCAUUUCAGAGGGAGGUAAAUUUCUUUGUAAGGAAUUUAAGAUUAGGGGGCCAGUCUGGCGGCCUAGCGGUUAAGUUCAUGUGUUCCGCUUCAGUCUCGAGGUUCUCCGGUUUGGAUCCUGGGUGCGGACCUACUCACUGCUCAUAAAGCCAUGCUGAGGCAGCGUCCCACAUAGAAGAGCUAGGACUACAACUAGGACGUAGAACUAUGCACUGAGGCUUUAGGGAGAAAAGAGAAAAAAAAAAGAGGAAGAUUGGCAACAGAUGUUAGCUCAGGGCCAAUCUUCCUUAAAAAAAAAAAGUUUAAAAGAAAAAAAGGAAUUUAAGAUUAAAAACUAAUACCUUAAAUCUCCCAGAAGAGGUAACCAAAAUCUGAAGGUUUAUACAGUAUCUAUAUAGUGGUUACAAUAUUCACAAAAUUUUUAUGUCCUUUUAUGAAAACGUACCCACUUUUCAUUUUUAUUUGUAAUUUAAUUCUAUUGCCUGCAUUUAUUUUUUGUUUUUAAAAUUUUUGCAUAGAUGUUCUCUCUUACGUUAUUGUGAGCUUAUGUUUCCUUAAUUAGGUGAUCUGGGCUCUUACUUUUGCUUUUUUGUAUCCUGGGUCCCUAGCAUUCUGUUUUUGGGUCUCAUGUCAUAAUUUUUGGUCUUUUUGGAUCUGUGGGAAAAUGUUUUAUGUUGAAAGGUUAUUUUUUAGAUGUGAUUUAUUCACUGAUCUGUUUUCUAGUUUUGUAUUCUACUAGAGAACAUAUUUUUAGAAAGAAGAGUUAUGACUGUAAGAAAUUUUAAAUACCUUGUUAGGAAGCCUAAAAUAAUUUACAAUUUUAUUUCUGGCAGAGGCUUUGAAUAGUUUCUUUUUUUUUUUUCUCAUUGAGUCUUCAUAUUGGCAAGACUGAACUGUGUACAUUAUAAAUUUGCUUAAAGAUAUUCUUUGAAUUAUUCAGAAUAAAAUGUACUUUAAUUAUAGUAAUUAAGAUAGAAUUUAUUUAAUAGCUUUCAAGUACCCUUUCAUGGGCUAGAAAAUAUCAUUGCCAUUUAGAUUUUAUUAAGAAAGUCCUGAGCUCUCCUUAAAUACACAUUAUAGAGAGCAAGCGUAUUCCUAUACCUAAGUUGGAGAGUGCACAUUGAGCACAUCUGUGCCUUUGACAAGGCAGGCUUUCUUAUGCUGUCAGGAGCAAAGUGUAUGUGAUAAAUGCAAAUUAUGUUUUGAGAUUGCUUUAGCCUGAAAGAUGCGGUCACGUGC